AUGGCGGCCUGCUCAAUCGAUGCUGACCAGGCGAUAUUGAUCCCUGGCCAUUCUCUCGUCGGUCCGUCUAGUUGGUGGAAGGAGGCAGCUAAAGAAGUUCUCGAAACCUCAUCCGACUUCGACCUUGUUAUACGCACCGUCAAAUUCAUUCCUCUUCCAGACCCGCAAUUGGCUGCAGCCUUACUUUCCAAACGACAUGAGACUUGGAUAAAGCACCUUUUUCCAGGUGGAGCUAUCGAAGGUCCGCUUCAAUCAUUCGAUGUCGAGCAGCUCGUGGCUUCCAUCAAGGGGGACCGUCCUCGCCUUCAAGGUGGAAUGGAGACUGAGAAACUCGAUAAUCAAAUGCAGUGGGAAUUCUGUAGGAUCAAAUUCUCAGAAUGGAUAGCAUGGAUCUGUGGCGUUGAGUCUGUCAAUGUUUCACACUUGCUCGACACACUGUUCAACUUCCGCAAUGCCCUUGCUGAACACGCUCGACAACACGAAGAUUUUUUGGAGAAGUUGGGGUUUCCCUCUCAACAGCCUCUACCGCGGUGGAUUCUAUCGACAGCGAUAAAGUACGAUGUCUCGUCCGAGCCCUCUGACGCCCUUGUGUCAUUCUUCAAGCCGAUCGCGCAACAGUUUGAAGAGCCCAGCCAACAAUUCAAAGAGCGGUACUCAAGCAUUUCCGCCCUUGGUCAAAAGCUCGCAAUCUUACAUGCACGUUUCACAUCGAAGGUCGUUUGCCAUACCGACCCAGAUUGGUCUGCACCUUUCUCGACCAACUUCUCCCUCUGGGAAAGAAUUCAAAAAAAGAGUCCACAGGAAUUGGCCGACCCCGUUGUGGGCGACGGAUGCACGAAAGAUCUUGCGAGGACAUCGUCGGACUUCGCAGAUGAAGUGUUUGCAUACUUGAGUGCAGAUAAGAAUUUGACAAGUUACAUCAUGGAUCUUGCAGAGCUAUGCUUGGCCUUGCAGAGAUGGAAGUAUCAACCCCAGCAGUCUUCGUGGGUUUGGGAUACUAUCAAUCCAAAGGACAACUUUUCUGGCUGCAAAAAAUAUGCGAGAAAAACCCGCGGCUGCCUUCCCUUUCUUUUUACAGAGAUUGUAGAGGUGCAACGGGCAAAUGAAGACCGAGCAGAUAAAAUAAUCGCUGUCCUGGCAAUGAUUGCGAUGCACCUCAAUAGUGAUUGUGGGAAGUAUGAACCGCGAUUGACAAGUACAACGGGAGAAGUAGAGAGCAACGGUGCGCAAGACGGCACGCAUUUAAUUGACUCCCCAACUCAACAGCCUUUUGACUCUGAUGAACUCAAUGAUGACGGCACCAAGAAAAGUGUCGAUUUCGAGGAGCACAAAGAAGCCGCCAAUCGUGACGAUUAG